AUGAAGGAGCAUAUCGCUCCACCCAUGCCGCUGCCCGGAUAUGACGUUCCUAAAGCAUUUAGUGCUAUUGAACUAGGAUGUAUGGACUUGAUCCGUCUUCACGUUAUAUACAUUGACCCAUUCCUAGAGGAAUUGAGCGGCUCAUUCAAUAUGCCUGCCCAGAAGAGAACCUCCACUGAAAUGGAUCCGGCGAUCGCGACUGGCCCCGAUAAAGAGAAUCAGCCAGCAGCAGAAGCAGCGCCGCCUUCCGGCAAUACGAAGAGAAGCUGUGAUGAGAUCCGGCAGGAAAUACGCGAUUUCAUUGCUUCAGGGCAGAUGAGCGCCAGCGACUUCCAGCGCGCAAUUGACGUGUCUCCGCGGUCAUAUGCUGAGUUUUUGAGCCAGGAGGGCGUCAAGGGCGCCCGGUCGGCUACGUAUAAGAAUGCGUUGAAGUUUUUUGACGGCCGGAGCGGAGGUACCGUUGUGCCUUUGGCUGCAACCCAGCCUGCGGCAAGCAUGGCGGGAAAUGCUCAGAAGAGGGCGAAGAAGACUCAGCCAUCGAGUCCGGCUGCAGUUGAUCUUUCGGAUGUUCACUUGGAUGGGGAUGAGGAUGGGAAUGUGCCGGUCUUCGAGACGUGUGAUGUGGUGAGGAAGAAGAUCAGGGCGCAUCUGCGCAAGACUGGAAUGACGCAGGCGGGUUUCAUGCGAGAAGCUGCGAAGGCGGCGUACCCGCAGGGUACGAAGAGGCUGAACGCGAAUUCGUUCGGGGAAUUCUUGAAGAAGAAGGGUCCUACUGCUGGGAGCUCAGGGGCGGUCUUCUAUGCGGCGUAUGUGUAUUUUGAGAAGUUGAGAAUCAAGAAUGGGAAGCCGAAGGACGCCUUCCGACUCGAGAUGGAGAAGGUCUGGCCGAAUGGCUUCGAGCUCGAUAAUGCGGCCAAUGGGAGGCUGUGGUGUGGUCCCAAUGAGAGACCCUGGGUUGAUAAGUAUGGGAUGGUGCAUUUUUCGUGA